AUGACUAUAAUCAUAGAUAUCGUAGUCAGCGUCAAAUUUGUGGUUGGUGCGGCUGGUGCGAAUCCCAUUCCUGGGAAAUUGCGAACCUACUCAAACGCUCACACUAUCAUCAUUGUUCCACCACUGCUUCCACUGCGAACGAAAAUACAAUUGAAUUCUGAGACAACCCAUUUACCGCAAGCUUCAGCAAUCCUUUCAGUGCCGCUCGUUACCUUCUCUGAGCGCUCGAAGAGCCCCGUUGAUCCCGUCAGCCCCGCAACUUAUCGCAAGGCCGUCUUGCAAAACGAGACGAACAUGCCGGAAAGCAACGAACCUCCUCGGCAGACGACCAAAGCCUCUCCGGCCAAUACGGAGCCUAAGGGGUCCCAGCUAGAUGAGUGGUAUAAGACGCAAGAGACACACGAGCAGCUGGUAGUAGGAGAAAAGACGUCGCGAACUUUUGCCAAGACUCUGGGCUUUCUGGAAGAGAUCGAGGAGAAGGUGGAUGGUGAUGACAGAGGAGAAGAGAACACAAGAGGCUGA